CGUAGUAGUAAAGGGGACAUCACUAUCAGCGGACAGUUUCAUGAAGCUAACCGGUUGACCUUGCUGCUUGCCGUUGACCGCAAACAACCGUCAGGAUAAAGAAAACGCGACAACUCAAAGUUUACGUGACCGGUGAUAGAAGCCCGAGUGUCCGAUGGCAGUGGUCCACAACUCCGGUUUCAGGUUAACCAAAGAACAUUUCUUGAUUGCUGUGCCAGUGGCAGUCGUUUCAGCAGCUGCAGGUUUUCUAGUGAGCCACUUCCUGAGCAGCCGUACCUGCAAGAAGGGCCAUGUGAACGUAGGCAUCAGCAAAGACAGCCCCAAAGUGGUGCACAGCUUUGACAUGGAGGACAUCGGCACCAAGGCAGUGUACUGCCGCUGCUGGAAAUCUAAAAAGUUCCCAUUCUGUGACGGUGCCCACACCAAGCACAACGAGGAAACCGGAGAUAACGUUGGGCCUCUCAUCAUCAAAAAGAAAGACGCAUAGUGCAACGCCGUGGACAAACCCGUCCCUCCCUGACUGCUCAUGCUUCCAACGCUGCCUGAUCAUUCAUCAGUAUUGUUGUGGUCUCCUGUAGAUGACCCUGAAGAAGCCAGAACAUACUGCAAAUAUCUUUUUCUUCACAUUUCCCAAUAUUCCCAUACUAAACAACAUAUUUGAUACAAGAUUAUUCUGGGCAGAUCAGGGACUGUGACAAUCAAUGCAGUUAGAGCUGGGGGUUGUUUUUGGGGCUAACCUUUGUGUUGGUUCUUGGUGGCUCCAUGUGUUGUGGAGCAGGUGGUUGAAAUAUGAAAUAAUUACUUAUUUGCUUCGACAGUCCAAUAUUUAUGUUGAUUCCAGCACAUGCCUUAUCUUUGUAUGAUGAACACAGCAAUCCAUAUGAAUGUUACAUGAAAUAUUCAGUUUGUUUUGCUGCUUUAUAGAAAUGUUUGUCUUAAAUUAAAAUAAAAAAGUGUUGAUUGUUAAAACACUAUCUGCCCCCUCCAGCUUUCUGAUCUAACUGUAUGUGUCUGAAGGGAUCUAUUUUGCAUAUUCAUCAGAUUGAUUUAUCUACUGGCUCCAGUGUGCUUGGGUCAGUGUGCUGUAUAUUGUUAAUAAAACAUGUUGAGUGAUCUAA